AUGUCAGGAAGAGGAAAGGGAGGAAAAGGAUUAGGAAAGGGAGGAGCCAAGAGGCAUCGGAAAGUCCUCCGAGACAACAUCCAAGGAAUCACCAAACCGGCGAUCCGUCGUCUCGCGAGAAGAGGAGGUGUGAAGCGUAUCAGCGGAUUGAUCUACGAAGAGACUCGCGGCGUUCUCAAGAUCUUUUUGGAGAAUGUGAUCCGCGACGCCGUUACGUACACGGAGCACGCUCGCCGGAAAACUGUGACGGCGAUGGACGUUGUGUAUGCUCUCAAGAGGCAGGGACGGACUCUGUACGGAUUCGGCGGUUGAUUUUGAUUGUUUUUGCAGUUUCAGAUCUUGUAAACUGUUUUUUUUCAGAAUUAAUGGGAUAAUAUGCUUUCUUUUUCUAAAUAAUCUUGUUUUUGUUUCGCAUAACUGAAAGACUCGGGUUCGAAUCCUUACGACGACAAUUUGACUCUGUUCCAUUUAGCUAGUUCAG